CCUCGGUCCGCAAGCGCAUUCCAAGCCGCGCGCUCAGGAAAUUUCCUUUCACACAAACGCCACGGCUGUCUCCGGUGUCUCAGCUCCACUUGUCCCAGGCCCUGAAGGAUUUCACUAGAAUAUUAUUUGGAGAAAGCAUCAUGGAAGUUCUGCGCCCACAGAUUAUAACAAUUGAUGGGCGGAAUUACAGAAAGAAUCCUAUCCAAGAAAAGACUUACCAACAUGAAGAAGAUGAUGAUUUUUAUCAAGACUCCCUGCAGUAUUCUGAUGAGCCCUGUGAUGCGUACGAGGUGGAGCAGACCCCUCAAGGAUUCCGGUCUACUGUGAGUGCCCCCAGCUUGCUCUACAAGCAUAUAGUUGGAAAAAGAGGAGACACUAAGAAGAAAAUAGAAGUGGAGACUAAAACAUCUAUUAGCAUUCCUAAGCCUGGACAAGAAGGAGAAAUAGUGAUCACUGGCCAGCAUCGGAAUGGUGUGGUUUCAGCCCGAACUCGGAUUGAUGUUCUUUUGCACACUUUUAGAAGAAAGCAGCCCUUUACUCACUUUCUUUCCUUUUUCCUCAAUGAAGUUGAGGUUCAGGAAGGAUUUCUGAAGUUUCAGGAGGAAGUACUGGAGAAGUGCUCCAUGGAUCGUGGGGUUGACAGUUCCAUUUUCCAGAACCCCAAAAAGCUUCACCUAACUAUUGGGAUGUUGGUGCUUUUGAGUGAACAUGAGAUCCAGCAGACAUGUGAAAUGCUACAGCGCUGUAAAGAAGACUUCAUUAAUGACCUUUCUGGGGGCAAACCUUUGGAAGUAGAAAUGGCAGGGAUAGAAUACAUGAAUGACGAUCCUGGUAUGGUGGAUGUUCUUUAUGCCAAAGUUCACAUGAAAGAUGGCUCCAACAGGCUGCAAGAGUUAGUUGAUCGAGUGCUAGAACGCUUCCAGGCAUCGGGACUAAUAGUGAAAGACUGGACCAGUGUGAAACUGCAUGCAACAGUCAUGAAUACACUAUUCAGGAAAGACCCCAAUGCUGAAGGCAGGUACAAUCUCUACACACCAGAUGGCAAAUACAUUUUCAAGGAAAGAGAAUCAUUUGAUGGUCGAAACAUUUUAAAGUUGUUUGAGAACUUCUACUUUGGUUCCCUAAAGCUCAAUUCCAUUCACAUCUCUCAGAGGUUCACAGUAGACAGCUUUGGGAACUACGCCUCCUGUGGACAAAUUGACUUCUCCUGAGGCAGAUCUUAAGAAGUGCUGGAAAUCCUCAUAAGGGCAGCAGCAGAGGAACCAUGAUGGCUGCAGUGGGACUGUGCCGAAUUCCCUUGAAGCCUGUCCACAGCCCAGAGCACUCACUUGGGCAGACAGAGGAGAGGUGCUCUCAGCAUGGCUGUGACCUCCGGCCAUCAGUCCUCCAGGGGCUCUACUGUGGUGCCAUGCUUCUGCCUGGUCUUCUCCUUGGUUUUUCUCAUUUUUUCAUUUCUUAGUCUUCUCUCCAUUCUUUUUUU